CUAUGUAGUUAUUUUUCAAUAGCCUAUUGAUGUCUUUACACCUUGUAUUGUACGACCAUCGCCAAUGCUUUUAGUUCGUUAUGGCACACUCUGACUUAAACGUGACUAGUGAAUGGGUUUUAUACUUAUCGUUGGGAGAUUGUUCACUAUCCAGUAGUCGUAAUCUGUCGCAUGGUAUCAGAGAGUCAAUCAACCUUUUGUCUUACAAUGGUCGAACUAAAUGCCCAAAUACUUUCUCUAGGAAUAAUAGAACAGCAUUGCAUCAUUACAAUGAUUAUCUAAAACCUAGAAAAGCAAGAAAAGAUGUCGGUAAAUAUCAUGAAAAAGAUGAAGACAAAAGUCCGCAACUUCAUGAGACUGAUGUAUCCCUAUCGCAUAAAUGCAUAUCAAGUCAUAAAUCACGACUUAUAAAUCUAGCUAAAAGCAGAAGACGACAGUAUGUAACUUCCGAUGGCGGUGAUAAAAACCAUUUUCAAGAAACAAAUGUGGAUUGUACCGUCACACAAAAACGGACCAAACAGUCAAAUACGAGUUCUGAUGUUUCCCAUGGAUUGAUGGAAUCUAGAUGGCAUUUGAAAAUAGUUAAAUCGUCACCUUAUAAUUUGGUUAAAAGGUCAAAUGGUUUCUUUCAAUCAUAUAUAUUACCACCAUACGGUAUGAUGUCCUUGGGAAUUUCAACUCCGACACGGAAUGAGCUGAAAGUCUGGAGCUCGUUCAAUGAUCUUCAGCAAAAAAUAGGAAUUCAGAUAUUCGAAAAAUCAAUGUAUCAGUCAACGGUGCUGCGCUGCCGUGCGUUCAGUUUAUCUUGGGGGAUAUUAAUGCUACGGAUAAAUGAUGUCAUUAAGUCAUCUAUUUAUGAUGGUGCUGCUAAUAUGAUUAAAUUGCUGAAGCGUAAUAGUAUCAUAGGCACUCUUUUACAGGUUAUUGUAGUUGAUGCAGGUCUUAUUACGGAAGAUAAAAACAAUCUCCUGAAUAUGGUCAUUGAUGUAAUAGAUGAUAUCACUCAGAAGGAAAUUAUUUUUAUCAAAGUAAAACCAUACAACGCAUUACAAUCAAUAUUUGAACAAAUCAAUGCGAUGCUAAAGAUUCGUGUUGCCUUUUCACGCCCUCUGGUAGAGGGAGAAGUUGACAAGGCUUUGCGGAGAGGUACACUGGAGAAUAUCGUAAACCUCUUUAAUUGUGAUUGGGCGAAAAGGCGUCUAGUUUUUGUAAUAGACAAAAUAACAUAUGAACUGAACGAACUGCUGCUCAUAUUACACGAAAUACAAGUGGAAAGUGAUGUGAAUGUUAGCUGCGUUAUAUCUUCGAACUGUUGGUACUCAAACGUUGAAGAUCAUAUAUCUGAAAAUCUCCUUGAAAAGAUUACGAUUGAAACUUGUGAUGUAAUAUCUGUAUGUAAACUUUCUGAUGAUAUUUUAAACAUCAUCUUAUGUGACUCGGAAACACAGUGUUUUGUACCACACCUUCAUUCGUUGGAAACGAUUUGGAACUUUUUGUACGACGAAAAGAUGUCUAUAGAAACACUCAUAAGGUAUAUCUAUAAUGUAUAUGAAUCGUAUUAUAUUGGGUCACAGGUGAACUUUUUAUCAAGUCCUGAUAUUUGUGAAGUUAGUUGGAAUGCAUCCCCCGUGGAAUUAGAACCCUUUUAUAAUUUAGAUGAUAGAAGAGAGGUUGUUGGAGAUAUUUACUGUAAGUUGGCCCUUUUAUGUUGCGGAUGCAUCCUAUCUGUGUCUCAUUGUGCGUAUUUCCAGUUGUUAUUGAACAAUGAUGGAUCGAUCGAAACCUUUGCGCUCCAGGCUUUACCUCAUGAAGCUCUGAAAAUAACGGAAAGACGUUUAUCUUUACAGUUAGGUAUGAGAUUUUUGCAAAAACUUAUGUUAAUUUUGCCUAAUUGUCAACGUGCUCGAGGACGGUUAGCAGUACUAUCCAAAACAAUUUGUGGUAAAAAUUCAGAUAUCCUUAUAGGCGAUUUGAUUAAAAGGAUAUCCUACACAAUGCAAUCGAAUCUUGGAGAAAGGAACAAUGACAUUGGUGAAGUUUUGAAAGCAGAAUAUCCCUACUUCGUUUCCUUGUAUCCAACAGUGGCCUCAAUGAUGUCAUUACUAGGUCGACCGCCAAAGUACGAUCUUUCGCACGAAUAUUGGGACGUUUUACAUAAAAAGGUUGGGUAUGUAGAUAUAGCCAUAUUCGUCGAACACUUGCUAACAACUUUGUUGUUACCAACCUUAAAAUCUGCGAGUCGAAUGUUUUUUUAUAUGAUGAUGCCAAAAUCCGGGGUAUUCGAUACAAAAUGGAAUGUUUCGGGAAACGUAUUGCUUCAUAGUAAGCCAAAAUCUUGCUAUACGUAUAUCAAAGAAUUCGUGGCCUUAACCAAAUGUUUGCCGAGACGUCCAAUAAAUUUGUGGGAUCUGUUCUCUCUGUUCUCUGCUAAAUUCCCUAAUGAAAUGUUCUCCAAGUUGUUUGUUGUCUUCAUUAUCUGCGUAGAAACAGUCACACAAAUUUGGGGUUACUACGCACUGAUUAUAUCAAAAUCAUCGCGGUAUACUGCUAUACAAAAUAAGCGGUCAAAGACAUUAACCACAUUGCUGAUUGCCAUUAGAUCGCGUUUAUCACACCUGAAACUGAGGCGCAUACACCUGGGUUGUGAGUUAUAACGUAUAUUGGCCGCAUGGAGUUUUUAUACUUAUGUUGCGUAUUGAAUUUGUUAACGUAUAUUACCAGCAACGGGUAAAAU